GAUACCCCACCAACCAUGGAGUUUAUAUGUCAAGAACAGCGAAUAUUUUUCUGCAGUCCAAAUCAACGGUCCAUAAUUACCAAAUAUUUAUCAAAAUUAGGGUUUUUCAUUUUAUAAAUUCGUUCUUUUUUCUUCCGGCCUUUUGCAAACAGGCAAAAGUCAGUAUCUUGAAGCAGCUCUUGUUUCUUUCAUUUUUACUCUCCAAUUUUUCCGGAAAAAAAGCAUGGGAAAAGGUCCUGGUCUCUACACCGAUGUCGGCAAAAAGGCUAGAGAUCUUCUUUACAAGGAUUAUCAGACCGACCACAAGUUCACUGUCACUACUUACACUUCCAAUGGAGUUGCAAUCACAUCAACCGGGACUAAGAAAGGUGAAUUGCUUUUGGCUGAUAUAAGUACUGAGCUGAAGAACAAGAACAUUACAACCAAUGUGAAAAUCGACACUAAAUCUAAUCUUUUUACCACUAUUACUGUCGAUGAACCUGCACCUGGAUUGAAGACAAUCUUUAGUUUCAUUGUCCCUGAUCAAAGGUCUGGCAAGGUGGAGCUGCAAUACCAGCAUGAAUAUGCUGGCAUAAGCACUAGCAUUGGAUUGACCGCAAAUCCCCUUGUUAACUUCUCUGGUGUGGUUGGAAACAAUUGUGUCUCUGUUGGGACUGAUCUCUCUUUUGACACUGCCAGUGGGAAUUUUAUCAAAUUGAAUGCUGGGUUGAAUUUCACCCAUUCUGACCUCAUUGCUUCCCUGACAUUGAAUGACAAAGGUGACACCCUUAAUGCUUCCUACUACCACAUUGUUAGCCUGUUGUCUAACACAGCAGUUGGUGCAGAGCUGACCCAUAGCUUUUCAAGUAAGGAGAACACACUAACAAUUGGUACGCAACAUGCUCUUGACCCCUUGACCACAGUGAAGGCUCGGGUGAACAACUAUGGCAAAGCAAGUGCUCUGAUCCAGCAUGAAUGGCGCCCAAAAUCUCUCUUCACUAUCUCGGGAGAGGUGGACACCAGAGCAAUUGAAAAGAGUGCUAAAGUUGGGCUGGCCUUGGCACUUAAGCCAUAGGGAAAUUUAUUAUUGUCAUGCGAAUGAAGGCAGGCCAUGAUUUUGAUUGGUGGAGACCAGGAGAGAAAUAAUUUACUAUCAGGGAUUUGAUGGUGAUGGAUUGUGAAAAUAAUUGUGAUUGGCAAACUGAAAUUAGCAAUAUGUUUUGUUGAAUUCACAUGGCAUACAUUUUUGUUGGAACAAGCUUCAUGUUUUCUAUUCAUCUCAUUCAUCUGCGAAACAAGUGUUGCUUGCAUGCGAUUGAUAUGCGAUUUGUGAACAAAAUUCUUUUU